ACAGGCUUGGGUUGUUGACGUCUCGGUUGGUCUCGUUGGUGCCUGCCGGCAGUUCGCUGUAGAAGUUGGAUUUUACAGAUUUCUCUCUUUUUGCUGAAGCUGAGCGCUAAAAGGAGGACACCGGGGCUGUUGGAGAGCAAAGCCGAGCCGCUGGAGCGAACAUGGUGUAACUGCAGGGCUGUUUAAACUGAGCUUUAUAAGGUGCCUGCAGCCUGGAUCCCAGCUCACCUGGAUACCCCUGGACCUCAGGGUGCGAGAAAUACUUCUAAAACUGGGAGAGAUUUAAUGCGAGUGUAGUAUCGAGAAGAAGCUCUGGUGCUCAGCAAACGUCAUCUGAUUCUCUCCAAACUAACACAUCUCUCAGUACAAAUGCAGAAAAAUUCCAGCAAAGAGAGGAAUCACCACUGCUUGGAGUGUGGAAAGAGUUUUAUCGACAGAAGUCAUCUCCAAAGACACCAGCGUGUUCACACAGGAGAGAAGCCGUAUCAAUGCUUAGAGUGUGGCAGGAGUUUUACUGCACAGAGUAAUCUCCAAAGACACCAGCGCAUUCACACGGGAGAGAAACCGCAUCAGUGUUUAGAGUGCGGGAAGUUUUUUACUCUACAGAGUCAUCUCCAGAGACACUUGCACAUCCAUACAGGACAGAAGCCGUUUCAAUGCUUAGAAUGUGGGAAAUGUUUUACUAUACAGAGCCAUCUUCAAAGACACCAACACAUUCAUACAGGAGAGAAACCAUAUCAGUGUUUGGUUUGUGGCAGAAGUUUUGCUGUACAGAGUCAUCUUAGAAGACACCAGCACACUCAUACAGGAGAGAAGCCGUAUCAAUGCUUAGAGUGCGGGAAAUGCUUUACUGUACAAAGUAAUCUCCAAACACACCAGCGCAUUCACACAGGAGUGAAACCAUAUCGCUGUUCAGAGUGCGGAAGGAAUUUUAAUCAAAAGUGUCAUCUCCAAGUUCACCAGCGCAUUCACACGGGACAGAAGCCGUAUCGGUGCUUAGUGUGUGGGAAAUGCUUUACUGCACAGAGCAGUUUCCAAGUGCACCAGCGCAUCCACACAGGAGAGAAACCCUACCAGUGUUCAGAGUGUGGGAAGAGUUUCACUGCACAGACUUAUCUCCAAACACACCAGCGCAUUCACACAGGAGAGAAGCCGUAUUACUGUUCAGAGUGCGGAAGGAGUUUUAAUCAGAAGAGUGUUCUCCAAGGACACCAACGCAUUCACACAGGGGAAAAACCGUAUUACUGUUCGGAGUGUGGAAUGAGUUUCACUCUGCAGAGCAGUCUCCAAAAACAUGAGCGCAUUCACACAGGAGAGAAACCGUAUCAGUGCUCAGAGUGUGGGAAGAGUUUUUCACACAGUGGUUCCCUCAAAAAACACCAGCGUGUUCACAGAAGAAAGAAAACUGAAGAGGCAUAGACGGAGUCAAACCGCAGUAGAGGUUAAUGGCAUUGUUUUCGUGUGGACCAUUUUAAAACCCUGCCAGCCAUUUUUUGUUUUGGAUGAAUCUGACCAUGACAGUUCAGUGUCAGGGAUUUAUAACAGAUAUUUUUCCAUUUGUUAAUAAGUUGUUGAUUUGUAAGAGUAUUACUUGAUGUAAGAUGUUAAAUUGAUGUUGGCUGGGUGGGUAAAACACGAUCUUAUUGUAAUCACCCUCUUAGCAGCUGUAAUACAGCACUGUUUAGAAGCAUAUAAACAGCUCACCGUGAGGGCGGGUCAAGUAAAAAUACACUAUGUCCACAGCAGGGGCCUAAUUUCCCAACAGCAAUUUUUUGCCAUUUAAGAAACAUCUUUGUGUUUAGAUACUUUUGAGAAACCAUGCUGGGCUUGGUUUUAAUAUGUUGUUACUAAGCCACCCAACGUAAACAACAGCAGCUGCAUUUUUCCAGACUUUUUAUUCAGAAGCUCAGCCAAAACUAUACUACAGAUGUCAUGUUAACAAAAUCUGUUUGAAUUGUAUCAAAUGUUAUGUUAUGGCAUGCCCACUCCAGGUAAGGGGAAAGGACCUGCCCCUGGUGGAGGAGUUUAAGUAUCUUGGGGUCUUGUUCACGAGUGAUGGGACAAGGGAUCGUGAGAUCGGCCGCAGGCUGGGACAGGCGGCAGCGGUAAUGUGGUCACUGUACCGGACUGCAGUGGCGAAGAGGCUCUUUGUUUACCAGUUAGUCUACAUCCCGACCCUCACCUAUGGUCAUGAGCUGUGGGUAAUGACUGAAAGAACAAGAUUCCGAAUACAAGCGGCAGAAAUGAGCUUUCUUCGCAGGGUGGCGGGCUACACUAUUUG